AAAAGGGUAACAAUUAGGUUUAAACGAAGAGUCCUGUUUGGAAGCUUCAAUUGAGUGACACUUAACAGGUAUCUGUCACAGUGAGAGCUGCGAAUCAAAGGAGGCGGUGGUAUUUUUAGCGGUUUUAGGUCACAGAGUGUUGCAGAAAAAACUUUUAAGCGUUGAUGUAUGUGGUAGAUCUUGAUGAUAGUGCCGUUUUUGGCUCUCUCUGGUACGUGUCAGGGUUGCAAGAUUCAGUGUUCUUUAAGAAAAGAAAUGUUUAAGAAAUGGGGAGAUCAAUUUGUUGAAGGUAAUGCUUACAAGAUUACAUUUGGUCGGCUAAUUCCAAACAUGGGAGGUUACCGUGCAACUGAGCAUGCCUAUAAGAUGCUUUUUAUUGAAAAUACAUCGGUUAUGGCUUGUGAAGUAUCUGAAAUUCCAAGGUGGGGCUUAUCACUUAAGAACUCUGCACAAGUCAAUGAGAUGGGUGUUCAAUCUGAUUAUCUUCUUGAUUUCAUGGGGUUGUUGACUUGCAUUAUUGAAGAAAGGACCUGUGUGAAAAGAGGACAAAUGUCUAAGAUGAUGAUUGUUGAACUGGCUGAUGACAAGGGUAAGGUUGAAUGUGUUCUGUUUGGUGACCAUGCCAAAUUUGUUACUGACUAUUUGUCACUUCACUCCAAUGAGGAAGCAAUUAUGGUUUUCCAGUAUGCUAAAAUAAAGAAAUUUAGAGGAAAAAGUGUUCUACAAGGUGUAGAUGGAGCAUCUAGACUUAGUUUCAAUCCUCAAAUUCCAUAGGUGCUGUCAUUCUGGAAUGGGAUUGCUUUGCAUGGUUAUCAUGAGGAUGAUGUAAUUGAACUCAAUGUCAUGGAAAAUGGUGGGGUGUCAAUGGUUGAUGAUUUCAUUUAUAAUCAUCCUAGGAAAACUGUGUUGUCAUUAAGUGACACAAAGGAGGAUGGAGAUUUCAUAGUUAGGGCUAAGAUUGUUAAUAUUUUACAAGAAGAAGGUUGGUGGUACUUAGCAUGCUUGUGUGACCGUGCUGUCAUUAUUGAGGAUAGUGAUUAUUAUUGCAGUGCAUGCUUUAAGAGAGUGGACUAUGUUGUUGCUAGGUUCAGGAUGAAGGUUAGGGUGUCUGAUGGAUGUGAUUCACUUGACUUUGUGAUGCCUGAUUCAGUUGUUGAGAAGUUAAUUAACAAAUCUUGUAGGGAUAUUUUAACUGAGAUUCAGGAAACAAAUAUUGGUGAGGUGUGCCCUUUUAUUUCAGAAGCCUUGGUUGGAAAUGAUUGGUUGUUUAAGGUUGAAAAGCGAAUGGUAAACCUAUAUAACUUUGAAGAUCCGUAUCAUGUGAAGCGUGUUUGUAAUGAUGGUGAUAUAAUUGAUCUCUUCAUCUUGAAUGGUGCUGUUGAAACUCCUAUUUUGGCAAAAUUUCCAGGGUCUUUUUCAUUGGUCAGCUUUGAUGACUAUGAUUUUGAUAUGGAUUUUCUUCUUAGUCCUGAGGAAUGUCAACCUCCUGAAAUUAUCAAGCCAACCAAUGUGUUUAGUGUAUAUGAACAUGGGAGUUGUUCAAAAUCAUACAAAAGGAAGCUUGAAGAAGAAUUUGAUUUGCAGGUGGAUAACCAUCGUGCUAAGGGUCAUGACUGAAUGUUUGGGUCAGUUUAGUAUUGGCUACUUAGUAAUAUUGGUAGAAUGAGUUGAUCUUGAUAGAAUUCAUAGUAUGGGUAUGUUUUUUUGUAAACCAUACGUGUGUACUGGAUCAAGCAGAUGUUGUAAGUUUAGUUUGAGUGACUUUUGAAGGGUAUAAAGUAUGUGGUUAGGUUUAUCUUAUUUCCAAUGGUGUAAUUUUGAUAUGGUCCUGUACGAAAUUACCUCCUUGGUAAUUAGAAGAUAUCUGAAUAUGUUAUUUUUAAGUAAUGAAGGAUCAUCUAUGUCUAA